AUGAUGUACGACGAAGAGCAAGAGGGGUCCGUAUCGCGUGAGGAGCUGGCAGACCUCCUCCGAGCCCUGUCGCCCUACAUGCGCAGCGCACAUCGAGACGCGCACUUGGAGAGGCUUUAUGCCUUCAACAACUUGCACCCGAACUCGCGCGUCGCCUUUGACGAGAUCAUGGACACAGAAGGGUUGCUUAAGGUUGCAAAUUCAUCCACCAGCGCAGUCGUCGCGCCUGUGAACAGGUCCACCGAAAUCUCGCAGCCAGCUGCUCGAGCUUGCCACACUCUCGCAGCAGCCACUAGAAGGUCCUUCUCACGCAGCCCCACAAGUGCACCAUAG